CUUUCUUCUCUCCUGAGUUGAACCGUCUAUCGUCAGACAUGCACCUUCGCCUCAUGCGACUCGCAUCACCUUGGAUGGGGCAUCAUGGAAGAUCACAGUACGGACGCCCUCGUCAAUCGUGACGAGCCGGUUCCGGUCAUCGCCGCUGGGAAGCACAAUGACGAUGCCGAGCGAUCAAAACCUGGGGUACUGAAGCGAUCAGUGUCCAAGGCCGGUCGCUCCCUACAGGAUAGGAUUUUCUCCAAGAUCUUGGAGCAAGUUAUGCCCGUCGAAGAUGUCGAUGCUGAAUCAGUGUCAGUCGGCGACAAGCCAAUUGCCAUCGAUAGUAAACGGCCGGCGUUUAGUCUACCUCUGAUGGCCAACAAUUUCCGCCGAUUCAAUGCAAGAAUUGGCAUCGUUUUCCUGUUUCAAACCCGUGUGGAGCGCCUGCUCAGCUGGAAACAGACCUCCCACACAGUCUCCUUUCUCUUCAUCUAUUCCUUCAUAUGCCUAGAUCCCCAUCUUCUUGUUAUUAUUCCAUUCGCCGUACUCUUGUUCUUUGUCAUGGUGCCUGCAUUCCUCGCACGCCACCCUCCACCUCCCUCGACAUCCACUUCCAGCAUCACUCCUUACUACUCAUAUGAAGGCCCAGCCCUUGCUCCUGCGAAAACCAUUAAGCCAGCGUCGGAGACGUCUAAGGAUUUCUUUCGGAAUAUGAGAGAUUUGCAAAACUGCAUGGCAGACUACUCCGAUGUACAUGAUGCGACAGUUUCCGCGUUCGCGCCGUUGACGAACUUUUCCAAUGAGAAACUUUCAUCGACAGUAUUUCUUACAUGCACGCUAAUGGCAGCUCUAUUAUUUUUAACCGCCCAUUUACUCCCGUGGCGACUCAUUCUCCUUGUUGGUGGCAAUGCAGCCAUUCUGUCAAUGCACCCAAGCUUUCCAGACCUGGUACAGAGUCUUGCAGGGGAUAUGUUGGAUCAGACAGCAGAAGAGGGUCCGGCAACGGAAAGAAAAGGCCAGGAAUCAUUCAACCUCGGCGGUGUGGCCAUGCCUGCUUCGCCCUCAAGAGCCGUGUCAUUGAUGGAAUCACUGGCCAAUAUCUCCUUGGACUCAUCCCCAGAGGAGCGGGAGGUUGAGGUAUUCGAGAUCCAAUAUCGCUCCCUUGCUCCUUAUUCUGAAUCUCAGUGGGAGCAUUUUCUGUUCAGUCCUAUGCCUUACGACCCGCUCUCUCCCUCACGCAUUGCCGGUGAUCGUCCUAAGGGCUGUCGAUUCUUCGAGGAUGUCCAACCCCCGACUGGAUGGGCGUGGAAAGGUAAGAAGUGGGAGUUGGAUUUGGACUGUCGCGAAUGGGUAGUGGAGCGCAUGAUCACAGGAGUUGGCUUCGAGGUCUCCGGCAGUCCAUCGGAAAGUGGCAUGACCAGUGGCGAGAUUGGUGGUUGGGUCUGGGACCUGCCUCCAGCCUCCAACAGAUAUGAAGAGGCAGUAUCUACGUUAGCAUAUGAUGUCCUCGAGUCAUUAAACCCAUCAAAAGGACAUGAUUCUAAGGGCAGAAAGAAAGGGAAAGAAAGGGUCUCCCAAGAUUACGAGGAGAAGGUGCACACCGGAUCCCAUGUAACGGGGGAAUGGCGAAGGAGACGAUGGAUUCGCAUUGUGCACCGUGUCAGUUUACCAGCUGCCGAUAACUUCCAAUACCUUGCUUCCUCUGGACAGUCCCAGUGUCCUAGGAUACCCAUCCCUCGAUAUCUUCCUCCAAUGCCGGGUGAACAGCACUAUGGAGCGGUCAUCUCCUGCCAAUGGAUAUGGGACUCGCGCGGGGCGCGGCUAUCCCCAUGUGCUAUGGGAUACAUGUCUACCAUACCCGCAAUUGUCGUCUCAAUUGCUGUACUAGGCUAUGUACUCCGUAAAAUAUCGAUUGCAAAGCGUCCCCAAUGGACCAAGCCUUUCGUUCCAGAGCAGCCUCUGACCUCUGACUUGCCAAUUGAUGGCUCAAAACAACGGAUGGGUUGGGUGAUAACCCUAUUUGCUAUCUCAUUGGCAGGGCUAUCAUCUGAACUCAUUAAACUAGUCCUUCUGGGGUGGUCGUCUAAUUUUUCUCUCUUGAUAGCCUGGACGGCCGCAACUUGUUUGAUCGCAAUAAAUCGUCCGAGGUCUUGCCCUUUUUCUUUAUUCAGUUUCUUUAUUAGCAUAUUGGCAGUAGAGAUUGCCUUCAUAACGAUCUAUGAUGCGCAUGAAUCUACCCUCGCCCCUCAUUAUGUCGCAGCCGGUACUGCUUUGGUUGGAUGUCUUGUAAUCCUCGUGAUGCCGCUUCGAGGUCCUUUACUUCCCUGCAUGGAUAUUGGUGCUGUUGGCCAAACCCCAUCCAGUAAAUUCCGCAGCCCCGAGGACAAUUUACGGCUCUGGCAAUUUCUAAGCGUGUCAUGGAUGGCCCCGUUGAUUUCAAUAGGCAGGAAGAGGCAGUUACAAGAGGAAGAUGUUUGGUUCUUAGGAUUUGAAUUUCAGCACCGCAAGCUACAUGAGAAAUUUCGCAGACUGAAAGGGUCUGUUAUUGUCCGACUGCUACAGGCUAAUGGAAUCGAUGUCCUGAUCAUUACCACCAUUGCCAUUGUGCAGAUGAUCUGCGAUUUUUCUACACCGGUAUUACUCCAGCAGUUGCUACAAGCCAUGACUGACCGUGGCUCGUCAAACCGUGUUGCCUUGACAUAUGCUUUGCUGUCUCUUGUCCUCCGCUUGAUUGCCGCGCAGUCGCAAGUGCUAAGUCUGUGGUAUGGGAGACGUAGCUACGAGAGAAGUCGAGGCGAAAUGAUUAUGAUGGUAUAUGAAAAAGCUCUUUCCAGAAAGAAUGUGUUUGAUCAGCAAUUGGUCGACAAAGCAGAAGAGGUUGGGGUGCAAGAUGAAGAUAGCACUGCUUUGGAUGCGCAGCCGGAACAGCGCAAGUGGUGGCAAUUCUCCGUCUUUCGACGAGCCACGCGCAAAGCAAAGGCCAAAGAAACUGCAUCUAUGGGCAAGAUAUUCAACCUUUUGCGCGGAGAUGUCUACGAAGUGGCCCAGCGUUUCUGGGAGAUCGACACGUUGGUCGAUAAGCCCCUAGGGCUAGUUAUUGCGGUUGUGCUGGUCUGGAAACUGCUUGGCCCUUCAUGCUUUUUGGGAAUUGUGGCAGUUUUGAUCGCGCAAGUUUUGAACGCGUUUGUCACUCGUGUCCUGCUCCAAAAAGAACGGGUUCGCCGGCUUGCAACGGAUGGUCGACUACAGGUCUCUUCCCAGUUUGUGGAGGCGCUGCGUCAUCUUCGGUGGUAUGGAUGGCAGAAUCACUGGUUGCGCCAGGUUAUGGACGCCAGACAAUCUGAGCUAAACCUUCGCAUUGUCACCAUGCUGUGGGGUAUCGUUAUCCGGUUCAUUAACACAUUCGCCAGUGGCCUCUUCCCUGUAGUAGCGCUAUACGCGUAUACUCUUUUGGCGGGAAACCCAUUACGCAUCGACAUUAUCUUCCCUGCUCUACAACUCUUCACUAUGCUCGAAACUCGUCUCAGGGACAUACCAAGUCUCAUAACGGUGCUGAUCAAUGCGUCCAUCGCUAUGGAGAGAAUUGAGGAUUUCAUGGCUGAGCCCGAUAAGGAGAAGAAGGAGGCCACCGAGGCCGAGCCAGCACCGAUUCAGCUGGACCGUUGCUCUUUCGCCUGGCCUGGUAGACAGUUGCCAGUCCUCCGCGAGGUCGACCUGAGUGUACCACAAGGGCUGACUGUUGUGUAUGGCAAAGUCGGAGCUGGUAAAACGGCUCUACUUCAAGCCUUGCUUGGCGAACUGGACAGACUCGCUGGUGUUUCAUACGUGCCAAAUGAAAUGAUUGGAUACUGUGCCCAGACCCCCUGGCUGCAGAGCAUGAGUAUACGAGACAAUAUUCUGUUCUCUUCACCAUAUGAUGCGCAACGUUACAGACGGGUGCUGGAUGCGUGCGCCUUGUUACCCGAUCUGUCUAACUUUAAGCAUGGAGAUCUAACCUUUGUGGGCGAAAACGGAGUCGGUCUCUCUGGUGGACAGAAGGCACGGGUGGCUCUUGCACGGGCGAUGUACAGUACUGCCAGGAUACUGUUCCUCGAUGAUCCCCUGUCAGCUCUGGACCACAACACGGCCGAGAUAGUCGCUCGCAAAUGCUUCUCCGGUCCCUUGAUGCAGAAUCGUACAAUUGUGCUGGUCACUCAUAGAAUUCACCUGGUUCGACAGAUGGCAGAUCAGAUUGUCCUCAUACAGAAGGGCCGCGCAGUUGUCGAAGAUAAGCAUGAGCUCUCGUCUCCUGAGAGUGGUCAAUCGGAAUCCAGCUCGUCCGAUAGUUCAUCUAGUACUGAAUCCGAGAGCGAAACGACACCCACCGACGAGACGGCUGCAGUGCCGACAAAGUUCAUCGAAGAAGAGCAUCGAGCAGAAUGGGGUGUCAAGGCUAGAGUGUAUUGGAAAUACAUCAGGGCCAGCAAGUACAGAUGGUGGAUAACCCUGAUUCUCGUGCUCGCUGUGUACCGAUUCACAUCUGUGGGACAAUCCUGGUUUUUGAAGGAGUGGGGAGAAGCGUAUAAUGAAACACUUCUGUUGUUCGGAUACUCGGGUACGAACAAGAAGUCGUUCUCGGGGGACUGGAUAACACCGUCGGCCAUGGUGAAAAUGCUCGACUGGAGACCUUCCAACCCAAUUGACGAAUUCCCGGCCCCAGUUGAAGAUGUCCGUCCGUGGCUGUUGGCUUUCUUCAUCAUCACCACUUUCCAAUCAGUCGUCCUCCUGGUUGCGCAACUUGUGAUGCUUGUGAUGGUCUACAGUGCAGGAAAGACGCUUUUCCAGGAAGUCAUGGUGCGAGUGAGCCAUGCUACGUUUCGGUUCUUCGAUGUGACUCCCAUUGGCCGAUUGAUGAAUCGCUUGACCUCAGACAUCGGCGUUGUUGAUGGAAAUAUCAGCGAACAGUUCCAAAUGAUUGCCUUCCAGGCUAUUACUUGGAUCUCGUCUAUUGUUGUGAUCGCCUCAGUGACACCGACCUUUCUCGGAUUCUCACUCGUACUAACGGCAGCAUUUGUCAUGGUCUUUCUGCGUUUUCUACCAGCAUCGCAGAGCCUUCGGCGGUUAGAGAUGGUAUCACUCAGUCCAUUGAUAUCUAAUUUCGGUGAACUGCUUCACGGCCUGACCACCGUUCGCGCAUUCCAUGCCGAAGGGCGCUUCCAGGAUCGCGUCAUCGCAGUAGUGGAUAAAUUCCAAGGAAUGGACCACUUCUACUGGUCUCUCCAGAGCUGGCUCAUGUAUCGAUUCGAGAGCCUCUCCGCUCUCUCAACAUUCUGCCUUACUGUCCUGGCCUUGUAUACGAGCGUCUCGCCGGGUUUAGCGGCGUUCGUGCUCGUAGCAGCCAAUAACUUCGUCGCGUCUACCCAUGCCCUGUGCAAGCAAUACGGCCAACUGCAAAUGGAUUUCGUAUCUGUUGAGAGGGUAGACGAGCUGCUUCACGUCGAGCAAGAAUCGCCGGGAACGAUAGACCCCCCUGCAUCGUGGCCUAAGUUCGGUCGUGACAUCGUUUUCGAAGACGUGACCAUCCGAUAUGCGCCUCACCUCGAUCCGUCACUCAAAAAUGUUUCUCUGCGCAUACCAGGGGGCUCCACGACAGCUAUAAUCGGUCGAACCGGUAGCGGCAAGUCCACACUGGCCGUGUCCCUCCUAAGCGUCAUCCGUCCCGACUCGGGACGCAUCCUUAUUGACGACCUGGACAUCACACAAGUCAGCAAACAAGCUCUACGCACCCGAGUCACGUUCGUUGCGCAAGACCCAGUUCUCUUCCACGGAAGCAUCCGCUUGAACCUAGACCCAGUAGGGGAGUACUCUGAUGCAGAGUGUGCAGACGUCCUGAAACGAAUCUGCAGUCGACACGGCUGGGGUCUAGAGACGCACGUCGAAGCAGGCGGACGGAACCUCAGCCAGGGAGAGCGCCAGCUAAUCGGUCUCGCGAGAGCUGUGCUGCGCCGCAGCUCGAUUGUCAUCCUUGACGAAGCCACUGCCUCAAUUGAUCACGAAAGUUCGCUCGAGAUCCAGCAAGUGUUACGAGAGGAGAUGAGGGAGUCGACAGUAAUCACCAUCGCGCAUCGACUGGAGGCCAUCAAAGACGCAGACUACUACAUCAUGUUGGACAAGGGAUGCGUGUCCAAGCAGGGGUUCGUGAAGGACAUGUAAGCGUCCGAUAGAUAAGAUACGUAGCG